AUGCCAUGGUUUUGGCCAUUUAAACGACAUGAAGAAACAGAUGGAUUAAAUCGUUCGUCAUUAAUAGAUGGUAUUGAUGAUGAUGCAUUAUUAUUAAUCUUUCUCAUUGUUUGUUUAAUUGGUCUUUGGAUUUAUUAUACAAGACGUCAUCGUAGUACAACAAUUCAUCCAGAUAAUCAACAAGAUAUCGAAUUAUUACGUCAACGAGCUCAUGAUCAAGGAGAUACAACUAGUAGAACACAAUCUUCUUCACAUGUUGGUCGAUCUCGACAAGAUACAUGUCCAAUUUGUCUUGAAGAACCAUCAGUAUUAAGUGUUGAAACUAAUUGUGGACAUGUAUUUUGUGGUAAAUGUAUUGUUACAUUUUGGAAAUUUCAAUCGAAUUGGAUGAGUGGAUUGAAAUGUCCUGUAUGCCGACAACAAGUAACAGUACUUUUAACAUGUUUUACUGCUGAAGAACGAGCAGCACCAGAUAGUAGUGAUCGUCAAAUGGUUGUUAAUGGUGUUAAAGAUUUUAAUCGACGAUUUUCGAAUGUUCCACGAACAUGGCUUGAAUAUUUCUAUGAUAUUCCAGUUUUAAUUCCUUAUAUAAUUCGUCAAUUAUUUACAACUGAAAGUCUUGCAUGGACAUAUCGUUUACGAACAAUUAUUGUAUUUAUUUCAGUAAUUGCAUAUGUUAUAUCACCAUUUGAUAUAUUACCAGAAAGUAUUCUUGGUAUAUUUGGUUUAUUAGACGAUUUUUUUGUUGUUCUUUGUUCAGCACUCUAUGUUAUUAUUGCUUUUCGAGAAAAUUUGUCUCGUGGAUAA